AUGACCUCCAGUACCGACCUUGAGAAGAGGAGUGAUUUACUGAAAUCUCACAUCAGUGACCAUUAUCUGGUGUAUGCCUUUUUAAAGCUGAAAAUCUCAAAACCCCCUCCUAGCUAUGUGGAAGUCAGAUCUUACAAGAACUAUGACAGCCAGUUUUUUGUCUCUGAUCUCGAGCGUGUGCCAUGGAAUGAAGUUGUCGUUGUUGACGACACGAGUGAUAUGGUUGAUCGAUUUAACAAGCGAUUUCUUGAGGUCCUAGAUGGCCAUGCGCCUGUUAAGUCAGUGAAAGUCAAGCACCGCCACUGACCAUUUGUUAAUGAGGAAAUCAAAGAGCUGAUGCGAAAUGGAGAUAGAUUAUUGAGGCGCGCUCGUUGCACCGGGCUUCCUGUGGACUAGGAACUGUACCGUGACUCCAGACAAGUGGUUAAGAUCAGGCUACGGAAGGCGGAACAAGAAUACAUAAAUAAAGAGAUGGAGGGUUGUCAGAAUACUAGUUCUCAGUGGAAAUUGAUAAGGAAUUGUCUGCCGAGAAAGGAGGCUACGCAGCAAGUGUACACGAGGGAAGUUAAGGCGGUCACAGAGAAGUUUAACGAGUUUUUUGUAUGUGUUGGCGCUAAAGCAUCAGAGGCAUCUAAAGCCUUGAUUGCUACUCAUGAACUGUCUCCGCCAAACGAUUUCACUAGUGGAAUAUAUUCCGGAUGA